GAGAACUGACGAGUACACCGUUACCAUAGAGACUACAUCACAAACCAAGCUAAAAUAGCUAAAGCAGCUAAACUUGUUAAAGUUUCCGGCAUGUACUCGCAGUUUUGCCUGAGUGAAAAAUGGCACAUAUAAGAACUUACCGCACACCUGUGAAAAUGGGAAACUGGUUUGAAGAGCAGCGCUUAAAAGAGGAUGAAGUAAAAGAACAUCUGGAGAAAAAAGAGAGGGGUGAGCUUGCUGGCCAGAAAAUGGACUUCCUCAAAGAGAACAUUUUAAAACCGGUGAAAUUCUCCGUGACAAAUGAUGGCACUCUGCACUUUGGUGAUAUUGUGAUGUUAGUGAACAUGGGAGGAGGAAACAGGGAGUGCAGUGCAGUGAGCAUCAAUGCUGAUGUUAACAGCUUAACAAAGAUUCCUUCUCCCAGCAUUCAAGCUCCGUGUGCAGUCAGCGCUGUCAGGAGUGUCCAGCCGUGCACACGCACAGCUUUCGUCAUUACCAGUGUAGAUGGCAGUCCUGAGGGAUCCACUCUUCAUUUUGAGCAAAGUUUUGCCUUAAAGACAACAAGUGGCUUUGCCAGGGGACUUUACUUGACGAGUGACCUGCAAAGUUUUCAAAAGUGUGCAAAAAAGUCUCGCCUCCAAGAAGUAAGCCUGGAAGACAGCGAUUCCUUUCUGUCAUGGUGGAAGAUAGUUUACUUUGACCCCCAGGAAAGACUUGAAUAUGAGGGUCUGCCAGUUCCUGCUAAUGUGAAGGUGCUGAUUGUACAUUGCAAAACAAACCAGGCUCUUGCUGUUCUGGGUGAUCAAGUCCUCUGGACCAUGUACGGCAAGGAGUAUGAGCUGACAGCUCACACGUUCUUGGAUUCCCAUAAAGCUGAACAGGACAACAAUCACUGGAUACUCUGCACCGCUGAUCCUGCAGGGGACGGACUUGUACUUUUCAAACAACCACAGUUGAUGGCUAAAAAAACAGAACUUGAGGCGUUCUCAGAAGCUAACCCUAGUGUUUAACACCAUCUGUUUUUAUGCUAAAAUGUAUUGUAAUAAAGGUUGUUUUUUUUCUGGUUAGGUCAUCACUUGUAAUGCAGGAAGAUUCUAGUGCAAAAAUCAGUAACACAUAACCACCAACUGUUAAGUGUGUUUUACUAGAAGUAAUAAGUAAUAAUUUGACAGCAAUAUUCAUGAAUUUGUUAAUAACUAGUUUGUAAACCAUCUUUGAACAUUAUCUAUAACAAAGUUGCAGCUGAUGUUAAAAUAUUAAUAAUUAACACUGUUUAUUAUGUGGAUGAUUAUUAUACAGCUGGAACUUGUAUUUGAUUGUUUUUUUAAUGUUAUUUUUUUAAUUGUGCAUAAAUAUUCAGUUCAGUUAGCAUCAGAAGACUGUGAUGCAAAUAACAGAAAGUUAUUCGAGGGAAGGCUGUAUAAAGUAAAUAGAACUGGUCCCAGCACGGUUCCCUGUGGAGCUCUGUAUAGAAAACACUCCCCAUUUUCAUGAGGAAAUGGAAAUCUGUUUCGCAGAUAUGAUUCAAAACACUGCAGCACAGUACCUUUAAUAAUUACAAAAUGUUCUAAUGUUUGCAGUAAAAUAUUGUGGUCUACGGUAUCAAAUGCCGCACUGAGGUCUAGCAGGACAAACACAGAGAUUAAUCAACUGUCAGCAGGCAUAAGUAGAUCAUUCAUAACCUUCACCAGUGCCGUUUCUGCACUGACUAGAAUUUGCUAAAUAAACUAAAGUAAAAAGAA